UUGUUAUUUUCCUUCUUGGUCCCGCCGGAAUGUUGGCCACCACCCUUCGACACGGGCUCCGCGUGCCUGUGGGCCUUAAUGAGCUUCCCAAGCCCUAAAAGCAGCAGGAGCGGGGUGUGCGCGCAGCCUGGAGGUCGGCAGGAUGGGGAACCAUACAUCAUCAUCUUUGGGGAAGUCAGAAACUACUCCUGUGAACCAAAUCCAAGAAACCAUUUCUGAUAAUUGUGUGGUGAUUUUCUCAAAAACAUCCUGUUCUUACUGUACAAUGGCAAAAAAUAUUUUCCGUGACAUGAAUGUUAAUUAUAAAGCAGUGGAAUUGGACAUGCUUGAAUAUGGGAGCCAGUUUCAAGAUGCUCUUUAUAAAAUGACUGGAGAAAGAACUGUUCCAAGAAUAUUUGUCAAUGGAACUUUUAUUGGAGGUGCAACUGAUACUCAUAGGCUUCAUAAAGAAGGGAAGUUGCUACCACUAGUUCAUCAAUGUUAUUUAAAAAAGAAGAGAGAAUUUCAGUAAUGUAGGUACUUACCAUGACUAGUAAAUGUUAAUGUGAUAAUACCUGAUAAUGCCUUUUAAAUAUUUGAGGAUGUUUUAAAUGUGAAUUAUCUUCAUGAUUAAAAAUAAUGAAAAAUAAAUGGUUGUGGACACCUCAUCUUCUUACUUGCCAAUUCUUGAGCAAGAGAUGAUAUUUAUAACCAAAGGGGUAGUUAUAUCAUAAGAAUGCAUUUAAUUAGGAAUUUAUAUAUGAAUUUUACAGCCAAGAGCUAGGAGUUAAGCAUUUGAAAUUAUUCCCUAUAGCAUUCAGGAGUUAACUCCUUACCUUGUGUAGCUUUCAGUAGUAAGRACUGAUGUGAGUUUCUUUCAAAUUUAAGGUUCUCAUUAAUAACAGUUGUGAAUCAGGUAGGGAUAUCUUCUACCAUAUUGUGUAAAGCCUUCACAUUCUACUUCUAGAGCAAUGUAUGUCUUAUACAUUAAAAUUCAUAGAAUGGAAUGAAUUUUACCUUGGGGAAACCAAAUGACUCAUUUAGUGACUUGAUAGUUCCAGGGAACAAAAAUUGAAAUGGAGGAAGAUUUCAGCAUUGUAUAAAGAUGAACUUUUGAAAACAGUUCACAAGUGAACCCAGGGGCACUUUACUUUUGAGUUACAUCCCUAGUUUUUUAGUUUUUAUUUUGAGACAAGGUUUUGUUAAAUUGUCUAGGCUGGCCUCAAACUUGAAUCAUCCUGCCUCAGGCUCCCUAGUUCCAGGAAUUAAACGUAUGUGCCAAUGUACCUGGCUCUUGAUUUUAAAUACAGAACUAAUUAUCCAAAUACUUGAAGUUUUGGUGAGUAUAUUCUGAUGCAACUUGUUCUCACUCUUUGGUAUUAUUCUAUACCUCAGACCUGAUAACUUUUAUGGAAAGUUUUACAGGGAUUGAGAUAAUUUCUUUAAAUUGACACUGACACAAAAUGU